AUGAAGUACAAAGAUGUAAGAACCAGAGAUUCUGAGUGCCCACUAAGAGGACUACCUGAAAUCCCAAACACCUCAGCUGUUUCUUCUAAAGCAUUGGAGUUUGCCUUUUUUCCUCUGCUGGCCCUUACCUUUAGGCAGAGAGCGGUGUGGAGAAGCCGCGCGGGUGGCUGGGCCUUGUACUGUUGGCGGCUCUCGGUGACCCUCGUGGUACCCCCCUUUCUUCAGGCCCUAGGACAUCUUGCUGGGGAGGCAGCGGCGGCCCCAGGCCCGGGUACUCCCUGCGCAUCCCGCAGAGACCGGCUUCCUGGCCAGGUUUCCAGCGCCCGGAAUCCUUCCACUGCCUGUUUCUGCCCAGGGAAACCUACGUGCAGUAACCCUGACUCCAGAGCUCACCCGUUAGGUGAUGAAGGCGGCGCAGCGUCGAAAAAACAAAAGAAUAAGAAGAAAACCCGGAACAGGGCCUCUGUGGCAAAUGGAGGCGAGAAGGCCUCAGAGAAACCCGCCCCAGAAGAAGUUCCCCUAAGCGCUGAGGCCCAGGCACAACAGUUGGCCCAGGAAUCGGCUUGGUGUGUGGAGCAACUGGAGCUGGGCCUCAAGAGGCAGAAACCCACCCCGAAACAGAAAGAGCAGGCUAUUGGAGCAAUUCGAACCGUGCGCAGCAAAAGAACGCCCCUGCCCUGGAAGAGGCAGCUGAUGCACUCUUUGUUUGGAGACUAUAGUGCUCAGAUGGAAGCCGAAUGGCGUGAGGCCCUGCAGGCUCUCAGAGCUGCUGCUUAUUCAGCCCAGGUGCAGCCUGUAGAUGGAGCCACCGGAAAGAAGAGCCGAAGGGUCUGCAGGCCUCGCCCUAUGUGGAGAGCCAAAGCCACUCUGGACGUUCCUGAUGAAGAGUUUAGGUUCAAUUUCUUUUAGCUUCUCCCCCAACCUGAAACAAUCCGCCUCCCUUGGGGUGGUGUAGGGGUUUGUUUUGAGUGCAGAGCGUUUCCAGGACUUCUGUUGUCAGAGAACCCUGGAGUUGGUCUGUCCCUGGCUGGUCCAGAGAUUUGUAGCUGUUGUGAAGGUGUGAAUUUCAUCCAGGAAUUUAGAGGACACAGCAAAGGACAGGAUAAA